AUGGAGAAUGGCCUGGAGGGCUACUACAUCAACUACAACAUGCUCAAACAGAUUGUCAUCCGCCUGAGCGACCCAGACGACAAGAAAUAUUUGUCUGAGGACAUGAUCAACCUCUUUGUCUCCACCUUGCAAACGGAUGUAGCUCGCGCAGACUCCUUUGUGCUGCGCGAACUUAAUCUGUAUGAGCAGCUUGCCUAUGAUCAGGCCGAAGGGUCCCUCACGCGACGCCUCGAGAAACAACUCCGUCUUCAUGACUACCAAGAUUGCGAUCCAUCCGUGUCCAAGGACAAGGCCGCAGAGCGGCUGCUACGCACCAUGGUGCUCAUCCAAGAACAACUUGCGGCCAUUGACAGGUUUAUUGCCGUCAACAAAGUUGCGCUGCACAAAAUUCUCAAGAAGUUUGACCGCCGCGUACUCUCCUUGCUGGCCAAGGGCGAGCGCGCCUCCCCAGACGAGGGCGUGGAAACUAUUGAUGACAUGCCCGAUCCCGACAAGAUUCGAGUGCUCCAAGAGCGCCUCGCCACCAUUCAAUUGACUUGCGCCGAAGACACCUGCGUAGAGCGCAUCACCCAGUGUCGCCAGGCCAUGCGCAAGGUGGAACACUACGUCCUUGCGCGUUCGCUGUCCUUUUACGGCUACGUGCAAGAGCUGCGCCUUCAGCAUUGGUCUGCGCGCUUUGAUUACGACUACCAACAGUCGACGCUGCGCGCAUUUGAAGAGAGCAAUGCGCCGCUCCAGCAGGUGGCGCGCUGGUUCAACUUUAAAGAAACCGUCCAGCCCUCAGUCAUUCUGCUGUUGAACAUUCUUAUUCCGAUCAUCACCGUCGCCAUCGUCUACCCCGUCUCCGCUUCAGUCAUUAUCAACGACAAGAAUCAAACCAUCUUUGAUACUCAGGGCUAUUUCAUCUCCUCGGCCAUCACCAUCCCACCAGCCAGUCACAUUGGCACGCUUGGUCUCUCCAUUUCUUGCAUGUGCAUUCUGAUCAACGCUCUCGUCCGUUUUCGAUUACGCCAACGUCAACUGCUAGGACGCGGCUCUUUCAUGUCUGGCAUGGCAUUCACCGUCUGUUGCAUCUCUACACUAGCUGGUCUGGGUGUGGCGUCCUUUCAGCUGCACUUGAGCGUGGUACCACACGACAUUUUUGCUCUGAUAUUCUUUGCCAUGGGCGUGUUGUAUCUCGCCUUGGAGUGUUAUAUGGACUGGAUCUAUGAGCUCGAAACCAGACGCAUGCGCGUAUUCCGCCUGUCAUUGGUGGCAACAGCUACCUUAUGUGUAACCAUUAUGUUUAUUUUCAUGUUUUUGGGUCAGCCAUCCCCCGAGUUUCCGGGCUACAACAUGGAUCUGCUCUUGAUCUCCGCCAUUGCAGAAAUUAUCGGCUUUGGCGCUUUCCUGGUCUACUUUACCACCUUCUUUCCUUCCUUUGCCCAUACACGCAUUCAUGCCGUGCUGGUGCAAAAGGAGGUCCGCCGCGCUGCUCUACGCCCUGUCCUGCCCGACAAGGGACUGCGCCACACUUCCAUUUCCGCUUUGAUGACAUCGCCAACUGAGAAACGCAACCGAACCCACUCGGUGCUUGACAACUUUGUUGAUGCUGCGUCAACCUCGCUGGAUCAGAAGGUGCAAAGCAUUUUUUCCACAUCCAAGGAAGAUGAGUCAACAGCCGUCCGCGACGCUACGACCAAGGAAGCCAAUCUCACCACCAUCCAGGAGUAA